GGAAUAAUGAAAAUAAUGAUUGCUCCCAGAACAUGGCGGCCAAAUAUUGUGGAGAGUUAUUGUUGACGUUGUUGGUCUUAUUUGUCAAUCCUGUGCAUGGAUGGGAUUCCGAUGAUCUUGAAAUAUUUGAUCUCGUGGAAGAAAUAAAUGUUAACUUUUAUCAAUACUUUGGUAUUGAGCAGUCAGCCUCUACUUCAGAGAUUAAAAAAGCUUACAGAAAGUUGACUCUACAAUAUCACCCAGACAAAAACAGUGCAGAGGAUGCUGAAGAGAAAUUUAGACAAAUUGUUGCUAUUUAUGAAGUGCUCAAAGAUGACAAUAAAAGAGCAAAAUACAAUCAAGUUCUUGUGGAGGGACUGCCUGAUUGGCGACAACCCGUGUACUAUUAUCGAAGAGCCAGAAAAAUGGGCAUUUAUGAACUGGCUAUUUUGAUGUUCAUAAUCUUCACACUUGGGCAGUAUUUUGUUGCCUGGGCCAUUUACAUAGAAAAGCGUUUGGUUCUAGAUGAGGUAUUAAGUUCUAAGAAAAAAAAGGAGAAAAAAAAGAAAAAGCAAGCUGCUGUUGAUGACUGCGUCAGCGAGGAAGAAAGUAUUCCAACACCAAGAGUCCUAGAUUUGUGGCCCUUUCGACUUUCAGUCUACAUUUUUUUUACAAUAUACAAUCUACCUGCAACUAUUCACUUGUGGCUAGAGGAAAGGAAAAAAAGACAAGAAAGAGAAGAAGAAGCUCGGGCUGCAGCUUUGGAAGAGUCCAAAGAAGAAUUCAUCAGAAAACCCAAGAAAAGAGCUCAAAUGGAACUGCCAGAAUACAGCAGUGAAAUGUUAGCGAAAUAUUCAGAGCCACUGUCAAAUAAAAAAGAAACUCAAACACUUGAAAAAGAUAUUACUGACAUGUCUUCAGUCAAAAAAGGAGACUGGACUAGUGAAGAACUGGUUCUACUUUCUAAAGCAGUGAACAAAUUUCCUGGUGGAACUCAUGACCGCUGGGAGAAAAUAGCAGAAAUGGUGGGACGAACUGUGGCUGAUGUGACUGCUAAAGCAAAAGAGACUAAAGGAAACUACAGUAUGAAUCUAAGUGACUCGGUACAAAGUUCAUUUAGUAAAUCACUUGGAAAUUUUUCAAUUAGUGACUACAUCAUCACUCAAAAUGAGGAUGGCGAUGACAUUCUUGUACCUUGUGAUGAGAAUGGAGAGCCUACUGUCAGAAAGCGUCAUAAACCAACAAAGAUUGAGAAAACAGCUGAGAGAACUCUUUUAAUAACACAGAGCAAAGAGGAGAAUCCAUCAGUUCAAGCAAAUGUGAGUUCAUCCCUGGCUAAAGGACCUGUCAAAAAUGUUCUAACCAUUAACAGUGAUGUCAUCAAAUCCAAAGAGCCUUGGACACAAAAUCAACAAACAAUAUUUGAAUGGGCUCUAAAGCAGUAUCCUAAAGGAACAGAAGCAAGGUGGGAUAAAGUAGCACAGCAUAUACCUGGGAAAACUAAGGAAGACUGUAUAUUAAGAUUUAAAGAGCUGGCAGAACUUGUUAGUAAAAGGAAGAAAGAGCAAGUCAAUGUCAGCAAAUAGCAGUGUUUAGAUUGGACUAUCAAAUAGCAGUGUUUAGAUUUAGAUUGUAGCAUUGUUCAAGUCAAGUCUGUUGCUUUCAUCAUUUAAAAGAUGUGGGCAACGCAUUUGAAGGAAAACACAGCUAUCAAAUAAACUAAGUCAGGCAAAGUUUCAUUUACAAACUCUUAUAAUUUUUUUUUUAUAGUAGACUUUAAAAUUUCUGAUGUUGAUAUUAUUGUUUACUCUACUCUGUUAUAUUUGAAUGAGUGAAACAGAAAAGUUAUAAAGCUUUUACUUCAAGGAAGACUUGUUCUCUGGUCAUAAGUAUUACACUUAUGUGUCAUAUUUUCUCAGUAAUUGUGUAGAUAUUUUCUCUGUAGUUAUUGCUGUAGAUUUUGUCAUGACAUUUGCAAGUCUAGUCUUUUAUUAUUUCAGCUUUUGCUCUAAACUCAUGUCCAUAAAAUUAUUGUAGGCUGUGGGGGGAGGGCAAUUUAGUUAUAGCCUAUUGAAAAAGUGAGCUCUUCAAAAUGCUUCAUCAUUAAUUUAUUAUUCAUUAAUAUUCAUUUCUGAAUGACAGAUAAGUUGUUGAAUUACAUGUCAAAUAAAAUGGUAAUUUAUUGAUUUGUCAAAAUAUCUGAAUAAAAAAAUAGAUCUUGUUACACUAUUUCUUGUUUGGGAAUUGUAAGGUGUUUGGUAGAUUUCAACUUAAACCUUGCUAACUACCUAGAUCACAAUGUGAUGUAAAUGUUUCUUAGAAUCUCUUCUGUUUUAUUGUAGUGUAUAUCUUAAGUCAUUACAAUGUUGAUACCUGUUUCUGGUGAGCUGUUAAACUUAGAAGGCAUUAUGUACAUUUUUUUUUCUAAAGGAAAAGAAAUGUGAAUAACUUUGUUGAUAUUCCAAGAUUUUUCCUAUCACUGGUAGUAUAUGAAUGAAGAAACUUCUAGAGUUUUAUUUUUUUCAUACUAACAAAGUCACUAAAACAUUUCAGUUUCCACAUUGUCACUGAGUUUUUCUGUGAAAUAUCUUCCUUUAGAUGAUAACUGCAAAACAUUGUAUUUAUGAACAUGUUGCUAAAAGCUGUUGAUUUUUUGAGUAUUCAUGUCAACCAAAGUGAAAUGACACCACAAAACUGCUGUGUUUCUGAAUCAUAUCGUGUUGAAUGAUUUAUUUUUUUUGUUGGGGUUGCGAAUCCUUGUGUAUUAUUUAGCAGUGACAGGGUAAAGUACUUCUAAAAUAUAAGAAUUCACUGGGUGAAAUGGAGUGAUGUCAUUAAAAAAAAAAAAUUAAUUUUAGAAUGCCCAGUUAAAAUAAAAAUUAAUUCUAAAUUGCUUAAAACAUAUAAAUUAAGAAAAAAUUUCUACAGAUUGAUUUACAUGAGCUAUCAAACAAUAAUAAAGUGUGAGGCACAGAAUGCAAUCAAAUGUCUCAAUAUGUUUGAACAUUUAUUUGUAGUAAGUAAGUAUGAAAACAUGUAUUUAAUGCAUGGUACAAGAUGUCUAUAACAAAAAGUCUGAAGUGAACAAAUGACACUAUGUACAGUAUAUUUCAAAGAUGACCAUAAAUUUAAAAAUAAAAACCUUGCUAUUGUGUAGCAGAUUCAUUACAGCAUCACCUUUGUUUUGUUUCUAAUGAACUUGGUUCAUUGGUUCAUCAAAUCAAAUGAAUCAAAUGUUGAUGAAAUGAAAACUUGAAUAUGUUUAUCUUUCUUGUGAACAGGUUUUUUUUUAUAUGAUGUUUUAUGUGAUCGCUUGGUUGUAAUUAUUAUAUAGUAAAAUUAUGUGUCAAUAUGGUUUGAUACAUUAAAUUGGAGAUGUCAAAGGUAAAUUGUCAUGAAGACAAUGUUACUUUUAAGUUGUUAAGUGUACAGGGAUGCAUCAAUGAUGGCUGGGCAAAAAGAAAAUAUGUCUACAAAUAAUUUUAACCUUUUUUUUUCACUUUGCUCCAGAGUUUUCCAGAACAUUACAUGCUAUUCUAAGUCUCUUUAAUGUAAGGUUUACUAGUAAUACAAACAAGGUUUGUUGUUUUAAUGAUAAAUGAAAACGUCCAGUAAGGAUACAGUGAUUGUUAUCAAUGAACUAACUGUUAAUCUGCAUCAGAUAUUUUAUAGCAUGACAAGUUAAUACUUUGUUUAAUGACAUCAAAACAUACAAAACUGAAUUUGAAAGCAAUGAGAAAUAGAGACAGAACAAAAAAUCAAGAUAAAGUUCAAUGACAGGAAUGUUCAUCCACUGGAUACAAAAUGACUUUCACAUCCUACAAAAUAAACCAUUGAAGCAAGAGAACAACUCAAAUGUAGACACAAUUAAAAGAAAAAAAAAAAAAAAAA